CUCUACUACCGUACCUGAGACAUGGCAGCGGCCAGCGAACAGCAGCUACUUCCAACUCACCACACCAGAGCUGAGGCACGGGAUCCAACGCUGAGCUGAAACUCACAUCUAUAUUUACAAGAAGACGUGCCAACAGCUGAUCAGGUUCAUCAGGUUUCACUGCUGAGGGUUUUUCUAAAGCAAGCUUCCUGUUGGGAUGACGCACAUGUUGACCUGAACCUCUUCUUUUCAUUUGUGUGCUUCCAGCCGCAUAUUACAUCAAUGCCUCGAUGGAAAACGUUGUUCAGUCAACACUUGCGAUGGUCCAACACCGUCACUCAAGCCCUGGUCCUGUCCGUCAUCACGUUUUGCGUCAUCCUCCCUUUGUGCUGCCAUCGCCUGCUUUACUCUUACUACUUCAUCAAGACUAUGUACCUGGACUCCAUGAGUGAGGAGGUCCUGCACGAAGGCCUUGUCCGAGGCCAGGACGCGCUUCAGUUCUGGCAGAGCACUUCCACCACAGCAUCGUCCAGGUUCAACGACAUCGCCCAGAACCCCGAGCUGCUGGUUAUCGUAGUUUCAGUGCAACGAAAUGAGGGGCGGGACUUCCACUACCUGCUGCAGGUGAUGCGACAGAUGAGCGGCCUUCUGGUAAGCUGUGGAUCGCAGCGGUGUGCAGAGGUGUUGGUCUGCGACGUGGAAAGCGGUCCACAGGAAAACCAAGAUGCCAAGAUUCUCGAGGACUACUUCAAGGUGAUCCGGCGUUCCCCUCUGGAGAAGCGGAGGAACAGGGAUUCAGUCAACACCUUCGAGAGGGAGAAGAGGGACUACGUGUUUUGUCUCCGCAAGGGAUGGGAGCUGGUGCAGCCCAAGAACAUAGUGGUCCUGGAGGACGACGCUUUGCCCAAACAGGACUUCUUCACCGUCGUAAAGCACCUGCUGUCCCGUACGUUUGCCUUCCAGACUCUCUACGUGAAGCUGUAUCACCCGGAGAGGCUGCAGCGAUACUGGAACCCCGAGCCUUACCGCAUCCUGGAGUGGGUUGGACUCGGACUUGUUGGAGCGACGGCUCUUCUCCUCAGCUUUUCUUACUGGAACCCCUGCUCCUUCUCCUUCACGCUAUCGGUCACCCAUCUCCUCUUCUUCACCCUCUACUUCAUGGCUGCCAUAGAGCUUCUGGGGCGGCACUACCUGCUGGAGGUUCGGAGGUUUUCCCCACAGCUCUACGCCGUCUCCCCGGCCACAGAGUGCUGCACGCCGGCCAUGCUCUUCCCCGGAAACUCCUCGCUCAGGGCGGCGGAGUAUCUGGACGGCUCGUUCUGCGUCAAGGGGAACGCCAAAGACAUUGUUCUGUAUCAGAUGGCGAGGACGAUCCCCGGGGAAAGGGCUCACAGCGUGGAGCCCAACCUCAUCACCCACAUCGGGGCCUUUUCCUCGGUCAGGGGCAACCCAUUAAAGCCCAGACUGCUGUGAAAAUGGACGCUGGAUUUCAUCAGGUUUCUCCUAACUUGGUUCUACUUUUCCUUUCUGUUGUGUCUCCUGCCAGACUCUUCAUACAUUCGAAGACAACGCUCAGAGAAUAUCGGUUUUGUGAUUUGCAGGAGGGAAGUCAACAAGGCUCCAGGAGGGGAAAUGAAUCAAAUGUUUGAUUUGGUUGGUAUUUUUAGAUGUGAAGGUUGCAAUUCACGGCUUGUGAAGUUGAUACACGUAUACAUGUGUUCACCAGCAAAUCACAUGAACCACUUCAACUGAGCUUUGUUUUCAAAUAGAGAUCAAUCGUCAUCAUCACUGCUGGAAAUCUUCUUUAAUCACUUUUCUCUCCUUCAGGUUUAGUGUUCAGGUGAGGGUCUAAAUGUUUAUCUACUGCCUGGGGUCAUGAACUAUUUCCACCAUGAUCGUCAUCCUCCUAAACAAAAGCCUUUAAGAGCAUAAAGAUGGAUUUCCUUACCACGUUUCAUGGAUAUGAUGGAAAUGGUGUGAUUAUUAAAGGAUUCAUUCACUGUUUGUACACCCAAACCUUUUUAAAACUAAGGUUGGUGGACAACAGCAUUUAAUAAUUUAUAGAAGUGUUGUGCAUCAAUCAACAUACUUUAUUAAUCCCACGGGGACAUUUCGUUUUUUGACAUUUGCACUACCAUUGAACAAAAAAAAAAACAUAUUUAUAUAGACAUAAGUUGAAUUAAAAAUGUGCAAUUUUGACACGCAAUAUAUAUAGUUUAACUUUGUAUGGCUUUUCAGAUUGAGUCGACCAUAUGAUAUCGUGUGCAGACCGCGGCUCAUUUACUACUGUUUUGACUUGUGUUGCUGGUUGCUGAAUAUACGAACGAUAUGGAUGCUGGGUAGGCUAAAGUUGCAUAAACGCUGGAUUUAGGAAUGUUAAAUGGUUGCUGGAUCUACUAACUGUGUUCACACCAAACAAGAAGCCACAUUUUUGCUCGCAAUUACACACAAAGUCAAUGCAAUAGACACGUUGGACGAGGUGAAUGGCUCGGUUUGCUCAGGACACGAGGAAGUGCAAUGUGGAGUGUGAAUUUUAUAUGGGUGGUUCUCAAGAAAACUACAAGUACCAUAGGCCAGCAUUUAACAGUUUUAGAAUAGGCUUGUUCUUCAUUGGCACUAGUUGAUCUAAGGAUAAAAAGAGUUAGGAGAUAUGUAGUUUUGGAUGUUAGCAUCUGAGCUGAGGUCAUAACCAUAUCAGAAGUUCAUUGUGAGUUUCAUUUUGUAAAACUAACUUUUCUCACUGGUUUUAAACAUCCCUGAGUGAUUACCAAUCAGACAUUCAAACACCACAUCAGCCUACUUUCAGAAACCUUUUCUGGAAACCUGCAGUUUAUCUUUCUUAGAACAGGUUAAGUUGACUUUUCAGUCAGCCACGUCAUGUUUGGAAUCAGGAAGUUGUAUUUAAAAAAAAACACAAUGAACAAAUCUUUUAGGAGAUAAAUGUAAGGAAGAAAGGUUGCAUGCCUUAGCAGUCUUUCUAAUCCAGGAUUCACUGAUAGAAUCUUAAUAAUGUUUGAGGACAAGAUGAUAUCUGGAUUUUCUGAUUAUGACCCUUUACCUUCUUUGUGGUUCAACAGAAUAUAGUAAAGCAAUAUUACAUUGUCACGGUAUUGCUGUAGGAGAUACAGUAAGUCUUCAAAAGCAGAACCACAUUGAUAGUACCUCAAAAUGUAUGUUUAGUAGUGCAGCAGUGACACGAACAAACCUUCAUACUGAAAAAUGAUGAUAAUAAUGUUAGCUUAACGUUAGCUUAAUGUUAGCUUAUUCUUAGCUUAAUCUUGGCCUAAUGUUAGCGUAACAUUAUCUUAUUCUUAGCUUAAUGUUAGCUUAUUCUCAGUUUAAUGUUAGCUUAACAUUAGUCAAAGGUUAGCUUAAUGUUAGCUUAAUUUAUAGCUUAAUUUAUAGCUUAAUGUUAGCUUAAAGGUUGGAUUAACUUUGGUCUAAUGUUGGAUAUACCAUACAGACAUGAGAGUGGUAUCAAUCUGACUCUAUACGAGUAGAAAACAAAUAAUAUUUAGCUAAAUGUGGAAGUAAAUAUAUGAUAUUCAGACAUUUAUCAUGUUGCCACUCCACUGUGACAGUAUGUUAGAGAUAAGCAAACAAAAUAAUGUUUUUAUAAAUGUAGAAAUUCAAAGAUAUGCUGGAAAAUCACUGAAUUUGCCUCAAAGAGUUUCACAGAUUCAUUAUUUCCAAAUUACAAAUGUGGUUUUUUUCCGGACCGAAUAUUCAGCAGUAUGUUUACAAAGAGAAUUAUUAAUAAUAAAAGUCAACCUAAUUUAUAUACUGCCAAAUUAUAACUUGGGUCAACCCAUGACACUUUGAACAUGUCUUGAUCGUACUAUUAACUAGAAUAUAUAAAAAGCCUUCAUACUAGAUAUUGUUUAUGAAAUCUCUCAACUGUAAACUAUAUAAUUCAGAUUUUAUUUUGGCACCUUAUAUUGAUCAUAAACAUUAUUUGUUUCAGCUUGCCUUAUUUCUGACUGAUAACAUUUAAAUUGCACUUUAUUUAAAGAGUCACUAUAUAAGAGAAAUACACAGUUUUAAUUAUUUUAUAGAAUAAAUAAAUAUAAAAUAGUUUUGAGAUGAUUGUUAGAAUAAAAUAUAUUAGUUUAUUAUAAAUUAAAUAUCUCCUCGUACUUCAGUGUAUAUUUUACUUUUUGAUGGUUUAUUCAGAUACUUUAUCAGAUCAGCUGAAGCUCAAAUGAAAUCAUUUUAUAUAAAGUGUUAAGUUCCUCCACGCUGUUUGCUGCUAAUGUAUCUGCAGAGGAAAUAUGCUUCAAUGCUUAUAUUCAAAUUUAAGGAUUAAAAAAUGCGUUUAGGGUUUAAUUUUGUGAUUUCUGCCUUUUAUAUGUAAUAUUGUAUAGUUUGAAGUAAUCAUCCAAAUGUGUUCAUCCUCUUCACUUCAACAUUUAAUAUGAAGUUGUAUUCAAGAUUUAAGAUUUUGAAUAUUUUUGUUCUGUGUGUUUGGUGUUUAUUUUCUAUCCCAUCACUUUGUUGCAUAUUAAUAACAUCUAAGGACAUUUAUACUUUAUGUAUAAUUUGAAUGUAAGCAUCAAAUGAUCAGCCAUUAUGCCUGAAAGCUCCAAUGAACCAAAGAUGGAUUACAACUUCUCUAUAUAUAUAUUAUAUAUUGGUGAAAUCUGACAUUUUAAAAUAAUAAAGUGAGUAUUAUUCUGGUGACUGCAGGGUGAUGCAAAUCACAUUUUGUUUUUGUGUUCAAUAUACCUUUUCACGUGACUACAUUUAAACCACAAUAAAUCACAACGUUUGAAAUGUC